AUGGUGGAGUACGGGGUGAAUGUUGCCAAUAAGUUUGGGUUUCUUUCUGAUGACGUAGUAUUUCCGUCUAGUAAGUUAUUUUUUCAAGAGUCGGAAGACAUUGAGGUCGUACUGAAAAGAGCAGAAGCAGCAAGUAAGAAGGAGGAGAAAACGCAGAAGAAGGCAGAUAAAAAUGCUGCAGCAAGAAAAAAGAAAGAGAAUCUUGCCGCUCAAAAUGCUACCGCUCGAGAAGCUGAUCUGAAAAAGACGACCAGCUUGCCUUUCAAGAAAGCCUCUGACGGUAAUAAAGAAAACCAUCCUGAAGGGCAACCACGAGGAGGUAGAGGGCGCGGUCGCACAGGACGUGGCCGGGGAGGUUUUGGGCGUGGCGGUGAGCACAAUGAGCGUAGCGAUCGCUUAGAACGAGAUAGUGAUGGGGUGCAGAAAGAUACGUUUGGAGACCGUUUUGGCGAGAAUAUAGCUCCAAGAGGUAGAGGCCGUGGUCGAAUUGGCCGUGGUGGUCCUAGAACUUUUCGUGGAGGACGGGGAGCUCGUCAGCCUAUAGAGGGAGACCGGUCUGGUGACGAAAAUAAUGAGUUAGUGAAUCAUACAGAUCGUGAUGUGGAGAAUGCAGGAGGAUUUUUACCUCGAGGGGGACCACGAGGUGGUCGUGGAUUUCGUGGUGGUGACCGCGUGUUUCGUGGUGGUCGAGGCGGCAGAGGUGGACGCCAAUUCGAUCGUUCAGAGAGACCGCACGACAAGCCAGACGGCGAAGGUAAUGAAAGUAGAGGACAGGUUGACAAUAUUUCUGGGAAUGAUUUGGCGAAUGUCCAGUCUAAUGAAGGUUUUUUGCGUUUAAGGUCGGUUUGUUUGAAUGUUGGGCGGUCUAUCUUCCUAUUUAUAGUUCAAGACAAAGUGGAUGACGUACCAGUACCACCGCGCGAAAAAACUGAGGAGGAGUUGCGAGCGGAGGCUGAAGCGGAGGAGGCCGCAAAGCAACUCACUUUAGAUGAUUACAAAGCACAGUUGGCAGCAAAACGUCAGCAACCACAGUUCAACACGAGGAAGGCCGGUGAGGGUUCCAAUGAGAAAGAGUUUGGCAAACUGGUCCCACUUGCGAAAGAUACUAUUGAAGAUACUCCGGAAGAAGAAGUGAUUGUUGUGCGUCGUGAACCUAGAAUAAAGAGGCUGGAUAUUGAAAUAAAUUUUGCGGGAGAGCAACGCGGUAGUCGUGGUGGUCGAGGUUCAGCGCGUGGUGGUCGAGGAUACCGUGGUGGAAGAAAUGAAAAUCGUGGCUCGCGCCGUCAUGAUGAGAAUUUUGAAAUGUGGGCUAGUGAUUUCCCGGCGUUGGGGGCAGGGGCACACUAA